UUACAAACAAACACAUAGUAUACUAAAAAAAUAAAUAUCAAAUUACAUAAUUCAUCUUAAAUAUUUUCUUACUCGCAUAUUUACGGCCCAGUGACCAACGGCUUGACAUACUGACCAUUCUUAGAUCUGUAUAAAUUAGAAACAUUAUGGCAGCGUGUCAGAGAGCGUUGAAAGGGAUACUGCGUCGUACCGCGGGGGCGAAAAUUGUGACCUUGUCUCAGCCACAAACAUGCAUCAAUUCUGCGCUAAGGUCACUCUUCACUCUGCCUGCUGGCAGUGUCGAGAGCUAUCGGAGAGAAGAAUCUUUCAGGGGCGUCUCAAUAACUGUGGAUGGGCGAGAAGGAAGACCACUGUACCUGGAUGCGCAAGCAACGACGAGCAUGGAUCCCAGAGUACUUGACGCGAUGCUACCCUAUAUGACGGCCUUGUAUGGAAAUCCACACUCAAGAACACAUGCUUACGGCUGGGAAAGCGAGACGGCUGUGGAGGCCGCAAGAGAGGCUGUCGCACAGUUGAUUGGUGCAGAUCCCAAGGAAAUCGUUUUCACAUCGGGAGCAACAGAGUCUAACAACAUUGCCAUCAAAGGUGUGGCACGAUUCUACAAGAGUAAAAAGAAGCAUGUAAUCACGACACAAACGGAACACAAGUGCGUAUUGGACUCCUGCCGAGCGUUAGAGUCUGAGGGAUUCAAAGUGACCUAUCUUCCAGUGAAACAGAAUGGAAUUAUUGACCUCGAUUUGUUAAAGAACACGAUUACCCCUGAAACUAGUCUCGUUUCCAUCAUGGCUGUCAAUAAUGAAAUCGGAGUGAAACAGCCGAUCCAAAAAAUUGGUGAAAUAUGUCGCGAGAGAAAGGUGUUCUUUCACACUGAUGCAGCCCAGUCCAUUGGAAAAAUUCCAAUGGACGUGAACGCUAUGAAUAUUGACCUCAUGUCCAUCAGUGGGCACAAGAUCUAUGGUCCGAAGGGAGUCGGGGCCCUGUACACGAGACGACGACCACGUGUCAGACUGGAACCAAUUUUCAGUGGAGGUGGACAAGAACGAGGAAUUCGGAGUGGAACCGUCCCCACUCCACUGGUCGUAGGAAUUGGUGCUGCGUGUCGAGUAGCCAUGGAUGAGAUGGCUUAUGACUUGAAGCGUGUGGAAAGGCUGAGCCAACGCUUCCUCGACAAAAUCAACGGGUCACUGACAAAAGUUAUUCGAAACGGGGAUGAGAAAGAGUGUUACCCGGGAUGUGUCAACCUCUCCUUCGCCUACAUUGAGGGAGAAAGUCUUUUGAUGGCCCUGAAGGAUAUUGCAUUGUCCAGCGGCUCUGCUUGCACGUCAGCAUCACUAGAACCUUCAUACGUGCUCAGGGCUAUUGGUGCGGAUGAGGACCUGGCUCACUCAUCCAUUCGCUUUGGAAUCGGUCGCUUCACCACCGAAGAGGAAGUCGACUACACGGCAGACAAGUGCAUCAAGGUGGUGGAUACUCUGAGAGAGAUGAGUCCUUUGUGGGAAAUGGUGCAGGAAGGAAUUGACCUCAAGUCAAUUAAGUGGAGCCAGCACUAGAAAUUAUUAUUGACAUCCACGUUACGCAGUGGAGAAACACCAACCUACAAGUCACGACUCUACAUGACAUAUACAGGUUGAGAGAAAUUACUUCAUAUUGGUGUAAAAUUAUUAUCAAUUAUUCCCGGUAAUAAUUUUAAUAAAAUAAACAGUUUACUAGUA